GAUGAUACUGUUGAUCAUUAUUCUACGAAUAGUACUAGUAUUCGUGCAAGUAUUCUGAAAGUAAUGCCAACAUCAGCAGCAGCAACAGUGAUAAUAGCACGUUCAACAAUCACCACAUCAAAUAAU